ACUUCCGAGCAGGCGCAGCGGCGGGGCGCGGGCGCGGCGAAACCUCCGCCGCCGGGCCUCGGGGCUCGGCAGGGGCCGGCGAGGAGGCAGGACGGAGCCCGCAACCACGGUAAGGCUCGCCGGACCGGGGGAGAGCGGGCCGGGCAGCCGGGUGCCCCGCCGAAACCGAAAGCCCCGCGCCGCCCCCAUCUUGCGGCGACGACGGCGCCGGCUCGCGGCUCCCGGGCCGGCCCCGGUGCCCGCCGGACUGACAGCCCCGGACGAGGCGAGGCGCGGGUGUGCGGCGCGCGGGAAGGGGCGGCGGGCCGCGCGGGGACGGCGAGAGCGCGGGGAGGCGGCCCGAGCGGGACCGGCGGGCAGGAAGCCGCCGGGAGGAGCCGAAGGAGGACGCGCUGCCGGCCAACGAGAAGUAGGCCGGAGCCCACCCCGAGCUCCUGCCGACCGGGCUGCCCGUGCCGUGUCCCGCGGAGGGAUGCGCGUCUUUGCGACCGCUUAUAAAGCGACGGUGAUACAACUGUACUGCUGCAAAGCGUCGCGCAGACUCUCUGCUCUCCCCUUCCCAAUCUCCCUCUGCUUUUACCAGAACGCACGGCGUGUCCUUACUGUCUUUGCUUCCUUUGCUUUGGCUUCUCCGUGCAUUCCCAUGGAUUCCCUUCUACAGACUGCUCAUGCAACACGUAUUGUCUUUGCCGUUUCCAAAAGGAAAGAAGCAAAUGCUCCUCAGUGAAAAUACACCAUGGAGAAGAAGAAAAACAUUAGCAGAGUAGAGAGGUUUAGGCUGAGUGGGUUAUGAGAGUUGGAGAUAGAGCUGUGAGGCACUGACAGGUUUUGAAACAUCUGCAUGUGCGUAAUUUUGCCCUCCGCCGCCGCAGCCCUUCCGCCUUUCCCCCCCAUCUGCCCGUAUCAGUGAUACCAGUUUGUUAUUCUCCUCCAUUCUUCGCUGAUAACUGAGCGGCCAAGAGGCUGAGGCAGCUACAAACUCAGCCCCUUGCUUCGAUUGUAUCUGGCAAUGCCUCCAAAGAAGUAACGUGCUCCGAGGAGCGUUAGACUUAAAGGGCUGUAAUUAUGGGUUGGCCUUUUUCACAUCACCACGUUAAUACACUGUUAUACGCUCCUUGACCAUGCAUGCCACACCAGCUCUGCGUCAGAUCGGUACCAAACCAGUGGAGUGGAAUGAGCUGCUUUCAAAUGCCAGUUACGCCCAUAUGAGUGGUGAUCAGGGCAUGAUUGUAGGGAGUUUGUGCUGCUCUUACGGGUCAGAGGGGAGAACAUAACCAUGGGGUUAAAAAGAAAACAGAACCACACGUUAUACUUUUACUGCUGAUGUGAAUCAUCUCUAAUACGGAUGCUCAGAGUAGUAUGUUGGAAACAAUGUGUUGUGUAAUCAGCUGAGUGUACCGGUGAGAGGGACUGUAUAGAAUACAAACUACCCGCGAGGAGUAUAGUUGGCCUCUGUAAGGUUAGGCUGAGCUGAACUACAAGGCUCCUUUUCUCUCAAUCACAGACACUUCAUGUAUGAUCUGACGUAUCACAGGUGCUAAGGAUACAUCUGAAUCACUACGUAUCUCAAAAAGAAGUAAGCUCUGAAUGGACCUGAGCCCUCCUCCUUGAUUUCUGCAUUAUCUGACACUCCCAAGUAACAACAGUCAGUAUCUUGUUAGCUAGCACACUGAAAUAAGUAGUCUUUAAAUAAUACACAUCUAUAUAUUUAAUUUGUGUUCAGGAGAGCAGUACGUGCAAUUCUUGCAUGAGCACUUACUACUUAAAUGUGAAAUUACCGUUAGCAUGCAUAACUUACUAUGGAUCAUAGGAUCAUAGAAUGGCCUGGGUUGAAAAGGACCACAAUGAUCAUUGAGUUCCAACCCCCCUGCUAUGUGCAGGGUUGCCAACCAGCAGACCAGGCUGCCCAGAGCCACAUCCAGCCUGGCCUUGAAUGCCUCCAGGGAUGGGGCAUCCACAGCCUCCUCGGGCAUCCUGUUCCAGUGCGUCACCGCCCUCUGUGUGAAAACCUUCCUCCCAAUAUCUAACCUAAACCAAAACUAUGGAUAUGUAACUUAGGCCCAGUAUUUUAAAGGGCUACCCCAGAUAAAGAAGCACCAUGUUAAUCCAUGUCAUGUUAAAGUCUCAUGACUGAAUUCAGGCCUUUGUACUCAUCAUGACACCUAUACCCAUCAGCAGCAUCUCACCAAGAACAUCAGGGAAACCAUUAGGCCAUCACCGGGAACUUCCAAGGAGACAAGAGCAGCAGUGGGGGUUCUUAGCAGCACUAGGUGCCAUAUCAUCAGUCCUGUGCUUACGAGGCAGGCUAGCACUCCAACAAAACACAAUCAGCAUUCUUUCCAGUCUAGGAAAGCCAAAGAAGAAAACUCUGAAGAGAGUGAACUGCUUCAACUGGAAGGAGGAUUUCCUCUGUCUGUGUGACAACAGAUCAUAGCAUAUACAUAUACAGGGAAGAAGCUCUUGCUUUUUAUAUUCCACAGGUGUAUUUUUAUUAUUCUUUAUUCUUUCCUGCUUUGGCUUGUCAGUUUCCAGAUCUGCGCAUUAACAUCUCUCUUCCUUCAGCUGCCUGAAUGAACUAAUCUAUUGCUGCUGACAGUGCCUCUGUUAUAGCUGUCAAAGCCACCCGGAACAAACUGCAACAGCACAACCCUUCUGGUUUCUUGGACUUUGCCUUUUAUUAGAAAACUUUUCCUUUACGUGACGUAACAUGAUUAAGAUCCAGAAGCACUAGAGUACUUCAUUUUUUUUUUACUGCCAAGCCACAAAGCCUGCAAACAUGUCACUGGAUGACAUCCACAUGAGCACAGAGGAUUUGCUUGACAAACAACAAUUAGAUGCUGGAGGAUAUGGAAAAAUUUAUUUAUGCUUUCACAGGACAUAUGGAUAUGUAGUAUUAAAAACAGUGUAUACAGGACCCCAGCGUACUGAAUGUAAUGCUUCCCUACUUGAAGAAGGCAGGAUUAUGCGCAGUCUGCAGCAUGACCGUGUGGUAAAACUACUAGGUGUAAUUUUGGAAGAUGGAAACUACUCACUCGUGAUGGAGUAUGUGCACCGGGGCAACAUGAUGAAAGUGCUCCAAAAAGUCCCAGUACCUUUGUCAGUGAAAGGGCGUUUCAUCCUGGAGAUCACAGAAGGAAUGCUUUAUUUACAUGAGCAAGGCUUAGUACACAAAGACCUAAAACCAGAGAACAUCCUUGUGGAUAAAGACUUCCACAUUAAGAUUGCAGAUCUUGGUGUUGCUUCCUUUAAGAACUGGAGCCGGCUGACCAAAGAAGAGACCUGCCGACAGAAGAAAAUCAAGAGCGCUUGUCAGAACAAUGCCGGGACCCUUUUCUAUAUGGCCCCAGAGCACUUGAAUGAUGUUAAUGUAAAACCUGUGGAGAAAUCAGAUAUUUACAGCUUUGGCAUUGUAAUCUGGGCAAUUUUUGCUAACAAAGAGCCAUAUGAGAAUUGUAUAAAUGAAGACCAUAUUUACUUUGGAAUCAUUCAUGGAAACAGACCAGACAUAGAAGAAAUCAUUGAAAAAUGUCCAAAGGAAAUUAUUGACUUAAUGAAACAAUGCUGGGAGCAGAAGGCAGAGAAUCGGCCUACCUUUUCAGAAAUUAGUGAAAACUACACGCCCUUUUACUACCAAAAUCUAGAAAAAAAUAUUGAAGACGAUCUGAAGAAGAUAGAAGAAACGUGGCCCGAGUCAGAAGAAUUGCUGCAGAGGAUGAAAUCCCUUCAAAUAGAUGCUGUAGGAGUGGAUACCAGUAAUGGCCAAAUAGAUCAACCUAAUUCUCUACACAGCUCUCAGGGUCAGAUUAACGAAGCCUUGUUUGCUGCCUGCCCCGAGAACCAGCCUGUUGAGAGCUGUGAGACUUCAUUUACGUCCCCUGACAAUCUAGAAAGAAAACUUGAACGUGAAUAUGACUACCACGCAUUUGGCAGCCGGAUGGAUAAACCAGUAGUUCCACCAUACACCCCUGAAAUGAGAGAGAGAGAAAGGAAACAAAAAGUUUCCCAUGAUCCAUUUGCGAAGCUGCCUUCUGUUCCUCACUGGAGUGAACUGUAUCACAAAGCUGAAAAUAUAGGAUCAAACACUAAUCCUUGGUUUUGGCCAAAACAAGCUGCAAUACCUACGCAGGGAAAUUUAGAUAAUUUUUAUGGGCCAAACAUUAGCAGUCUCCUAACAGGAAACACGGAAGAUCUCUACGAUCCAUCUUCAACCAGCGCCAUUAGCCUAAGCAAAACUCCCGUGCCGGAAUCUCGCCCAAACCUGGCAGCACAGAGCAGCGCAAGCCAGCAACAAAAGAAUGCAGCAGACACGGAUACAGGUAUCAAGGUUUCUGCCUCUUUCACAAGGGGAACAUUCACAUAUUAUCCUCGUGCACCUCCAAUAACCAGAGAAGACUCAAUCAUGUACAACAUAACUAACAGCUCUGGAAUUCAAAUUGGAUCCCACAAUCACAUGAAGAUUGAAGAGCAGAAUCAACACAUCAGCACUUCUUCUGUUGCUAAAGACGCAUCUUACUCAUACUACGAAUCAACGGGUAUAUUUGACAAUAAUACUGUCUUGACUAAGAAACAGCUGAGUCUAGUGAGAGAAAACUUAGGUAAACAGUGGAAGCACUGUGCCCGUGAACUAGGCUUCAGCAACUCCGUAAUUGAAGAAAUUGAUCACGACUACGAACGAGAUGGACUAAAAGAAAAAGUUCACCAAAUGCUGCAUAAGUGGAUAAUGGGGCAAGGCUCCAAAGGUGCUACAGUUGGAAAAAUUGCCAAAGCCCUCUUUGGCUGCCGAAAACUGGAUCUCCUUACCAGCUUGAUGCAAAUGAGCGAGGAAUAAAUUGACUGAAACUGGAGAGGGGGGGAACGCAAAAGACCUUCCAAUAACAAAUAAUUCUGAACAGACUUUCUGGAGCUUUUUGCACACUUUUCCUCUUUGGAAUGGAUUUUUCUGCCAAGCAGUUUUCAGUGAAUACCUCCAGCAACUCAAAAAGUUUCUGUCAAGAUCAUGAGGUCUUCCAGAUGUUAAAAUUCAGUAUUUUCCUUCUGGGAGGGAAAAUCAGAAACAAAGAUUUUUCCAAACAUUAGACAAAGGCAUUAAUGAUACCGAUUCAAGAUAAGUUAUACAAAAUUCCUGGUCUAUCUUUAAAAGUGAUGAACUAAACUCUUCUUUGGUUCUGAGCAGAAAGUACGUCAUUUCAGCAGUACUAAUGGAUCAGUACAAAUAUGAAAGACUGGCUCACUGUUUGAAAGACUUGGACAGAAAGCAAAAUCAACCCUUAAAUUUUGCCAAUACUUAUAAGGCUACUACUAUCCCAGACUGCUCUAAGUUAACGUGCUACUAUUUUUAAAUCUUUUUAUAUGUUCAUUAUAUAUCUCGAACUAUGCUGAAUACAAGUUUGAAUAAAAGCGAGAAUGAUUUUCUUCUCUUGGUUGAAAAA